AUGACUGUUCCGCUGUUUUUGAAAUUGCCGAUACCAGAUCAGCGAAUGAAUUUUAGUACGCAUAACGCAGUUGAAUCAGAAAGAAUAAGUGAAGCAUUAAACUCUCCAGAAAAGUCCGUUUGGUCCAUAAGUGAUGCCAUAAGUCGUAAGAGUGUGCAAAGAAAUAGAUAUUCGAACGUUUUUCCAUGGAAUAAGUCUAGGGUUAAAUUGCCGGUUGAACAAGGACAUUCAGACUACAUCAAUGCAUCAUACAUAAGUAUGGGUAAUAAGGUUGGUUAUAUAGCAGCACAGGGGCCACUUGACGAUACAAUACAUCAUUUUUGGUCUAUGUGUUAUAAUGAGUCAGAGAAACAGAAAAAUGAUACUGUGAUCAUCGCGAUGGUGACACCUUUAACGGAAGGUGGCAUGAAGAAAUGUUCUCAGUACUGGCCAACCAAAUCCAAUCCCGUAUUGAAUGUCACGACAUUGUUGCAAAAUGAUGGUAUAGAAAUACCUGGCUUAUCAAUCCACUAUUUAUCUGAAACAUACAUAGAAAAGGGUGAUUACUUGUUGACUGAAAUGGAGCUAAGAUCUAAAACACUGGUGAAAAAAGUCUACCAUUUCUACUACUACAAAUGGGCUGAUGCAAGAGUUCCGCCGUCUGUUGAUCCAUUAAUAUCCUUGUCGCAAGAAAUAAGAGCUUUGAAAAAAUCUGUUACAAAUGAACCGGUUCCUAUCAUACACUGUUCUGCUGGUGUAGGACGUACAGGGACAUUUAUAGCUUUGGACCAGCUAUUUCAUGAAUUGACUCCUGAUAUUCUUGAUCCCGCAAAUGACAAGUUCGAUCCAAUUGAAGCGAUUGUCACUCAAUUGCGUAAUGAAAGAAUGAUGAUGGUCCAAACUGUAUAUCAAUAUUGCUUUCUCUACGAUACUAUGAAAGAGGUAUACUCUAAAAGAAUUCAGACUUAA